GCUAAAUGCUAAUGCUAGCACACACUAUUUUGCAGCGGCCCCAGAUAGCAACAAAAUUAACCAACAAAUAACCCUAACUCCGAUUGUACUCUUUAAUGCGAAAUUUAACUUUACAUCAUCCUACGAUACGAUGGGCCGUUAAACGUGCUUUAUAUAGUUAAAGUGUGGUUAUUGAGUGAAGAGGGGAGAUUAUUUUGGCGCUCGGGCGGAUUUGUGCUAGUUUGGCUAAUGAUUCUUACUCAUCAUAAAGUUAACUUUUGAACCUGUGAUAAUAUGUGGAAUAUUAAUCGAUGAAAAGUACCCAUCCUGAUUGAUCACAAGCUUAUCAAUUGCUUCAGACAAUUGCCGUCACAUCUGAAAACCCUUUCUGCAUUUAGAGAAUGACUGUUUGCUGCGGGCUGGGGAAUGAACCAGGAACCCUGGUGGCUGCAUCUGGGUAUCAAAUGGUCUGAAGAAGCCAUGGGAAGCUGUUUUAGCUGUCCAGAUAAAGAAUCAAUCCCUGACAAUCACCAGAGUAAAUUUAAGGUGGUGAAUGUGGAUGAUGACGGGAAUGAGCUGGGAGCAGGAAUCAUGGAGCUGACGGAGGAUGAGCUGGUCCUACGCACACGGAAGUGUGAUGCUGUCAAGUGGCCUUACCUGUGCCUGCGUCGCUAUGGCUACGAUUCAAAUCUCUUCUCAUUUGAGAGUGGUCGUCGUUGCCAGACAGGUCAAGGGAUAUUUGCCUUCAAGUGUUCACGUGCUGAAGAGAUUUUCAACAUGCUGCAGGACAUCAUGCAUAAUAACAGCAUCAGCGUAGUAGAGGAGCCGGUGUUUGAGCCCACCCUCACACCAGCUGAACCAGACCUGCCUCUGACACCACACACACCAACCACUCCUGGCAUCAUUCUCCCCACCUUACCAAAUGGCAGCUUACGGUAUCCCUCACUGGGCGAUGCAUCUUCUCACCCCUCUACUCGGCAUCCAUCCGUGGGGAGCACAUGCCUUCCCUCACUGGGCGAGGAGUCCACACACCCUCUCUUAGCUGCAGAAGAGGCUGUAAGGGGACACACCUAUGUGAACACCACUGGUCUUUUGGAGCAGCACAGCCCAAGUGUGCCCGAUGUUCCUGCGGUGCUGAAUGUUCCGUUCCCUGAUGGAGAGGAGCCCUUCGCUCAAGAGGCUCCUGAUCCUGGCCCUCGAGUGCAACUGGAGCCUGAAGGCGCUCGCUUCGUGCUGGGCCCGACUCCUGUGCAGAGACAGAGGCAGAAAGAGGCACAUUUGUCAGGACAUGAGUGUGCUGGGGCAGAGGCAGUGGCGAGGAACUCAAGCCAGAACUCAAAUGGGAAUGUUAUUUCACACCCUAAAAACACAAGCAGCACAGAUGUGAUCGACAACGGUAGAUCCGCCGAGGAAAUCUCUCCUGAAGUCUCGAUCAUUCCUGAGAACUUUAACGGAUCUGCCAUCGCUCUCUCUCGCCGCCGGACUCGGCCGCCCCCUCCUCUCACUCCUGAGGCCAACGUCAACAACUCAGCCCAGCGGAGAACCGCUUUACUGGACUACGAGAACCUCCCAGCCUUGCCACCUUUACGAGAACACCCGAAGGGCGGCUCGGAAGAUGAGGACGGGGAAGAGGUGUGCUCAUCAACCGUCAACGGUUUCCACAACCACCGGCAGUACAGCCCUGACCCCACUCACUACUACAUUAACACAGAGAACGUGACCGCCCCCCUCAGCGCUCACAAGCUGGAGUCGGCCCGCUGGCGGGACCGCUCUACCCCGACCUUCUUUAGCUUCGACUUCCGCCGCCCCUGUUCAGAGUCCCACAGACUGAACUACAUCGAGGUGGAGACCGAGACGGAGAACUCGAGCAACCCUCAGACCCCGAAAACGCCCACGUCCCCCCUGCCCCAGACGCCCACCCGCAGGACAGAGCUGUACGCGGUCAUCGACGUGGAGCGCACGGCGGCCAUGUCGAGCCUGCAGAAAGCACUGCCCCGUUACGACGGGACCUCCAGGAAAACGCGCCACAACAGUGUUGAUCUGCCCAUGUGACCUGUCCCUGCGACCGCUGGAAGACACUCCUGUUUGUUUCUAAAACUUUCCCGAUUUAUUCCAAAGGCAGGUGGACUUAAUAUCACAAAUGUUGUAUUGUUUGUAACACUUGUAGGGAUUUCAUGUAGUUGAGAGAGUGUCCCUCUGUCUCAUGUUGGCUUGAGAAAAGUAACAGAGGAGCUCCCCAUAUACCUUCAUUUUAUUCCUAUGGUAAUAUACUACUACUUUUCUUACACUCGUUUUUCAGUGCCUGUUUAUUUUGUUUUAUUAUGUUAAUAACAAGGUUGGACAACAUUCCACAGGUCCAUUCCAUGCGGUACAAAUCAGUAUUACUGAUCAUAUUUGAGUUUGUUUUUUCCUUUAUUUACCCUUUAUAAAGUGACUAAGUUGUUUUAAUAUCUGUAUCUAAAGAUAUCUUCACACACUACAUUUUGAAUUUUUGGCUUCAUAUAGUAGGUUUCAAUACUUGGCACAAUAAAAGUCUAUUUUGUUUGAUUGAGGUUUUUAGUUUUGAAGCUGUACACUAAUAUAAUACAUGCACUGUGGUCCCGUACACCUGCCAUAAACAUGCCUUUCAUAUCCAGA